UUCACGGAACUUCAACUUCCUUUUUAGUUAUGCCGGGUCUGAUGAAACUACCGUUCAAAUCGAAGGCUCUUUAGCAGAGUGAGUGAACCUAAAAGUCACUGGAUACGACAUGGCUUCAUCAAACGUGUGCCCAACUGACGAUGCAAUUCAAGCAUUCCUAGAAUACUUGGUUUACCCAAUGCUGCCUGCAAAAUCAUCUGUUCGAGAUAAUCCCACAUCAUCCCAACAGCAGUCAGUUGCAAACCAGGUGCAUUCUGUUGUGUUGCUGUAUAAUUAUUACUACAGAAGACAGCACCCAGAGCUAAAAUUUUUACCUUUUGAUGAAUUUUGCAAAUUGGCUGUUGUUCUGAAGCCAACUUUGUUAGCAUAUAUGAAUUUCAUGCAACAAUGUGGUGAAACUGAACUCAAUGACGUGGAGAAACAACUUUCUGUAGUAGAGAAAAUGAUCAUGGAUGCAUGUGAUAUAUGUAUGUGUUUGGAUGCGGCAAAAACUGUUCCUAAUAUAGAGGGAUGGCCCAUUGCAAAAGUUACAGUCCUUUUAAUAGACUGUAAGAAGGAGAAAUGCUUUUUGCUUUAUAAUUCCAUCACUAAGGGAGUUUGGUCCGUGAUUGAAAAAGAUGUUGACUUUUCCAGCCAAAGUUAUGAAGAUACGAAGGGAGCAAAAUAUACAUUAAAAAAGAAAAGAGUUAUUAGAAAGAAUACAAAAGACAAAUUGAAUGUCGAUGAAGCUGGACUUUUGCAAAUUGGCUAUUCUGCUGUCAAGGAAGCUGUAGGUAUUGACCAGACAAAUGUUAUGCUCUUGGAAAGCCACACUCUGUACUCUCACAGCAAAGAGAAGACAGCUUCCUUCUUCUUGAUCAUGCAGUGCUCCCAUUUGAUCAAUCAGGAGGUUAUUCAGGUUCCUAUCAAAGAUGUAAUUGAUAGCUUGCAGGGCCCUUUGAUCACGAAGAGUACUAGCAGUUGGACGGUCACCCCAGCUGUAGAGCACUUCCAUUUGCUUCCUUAUUCUAAAAUAAUCUUAGAGUGGCUUUCUAGAGGAACAUUCUCGAAUGGUUUGCAAGAUUCAAGGACGACAGAGAAGAUUAUGAUGGGGGGCAGUCCUAGAAUGACAGAAUCUUGUGCAAUUGAGGAUAUGUCUAUUGGUCUUGAUAACAGGCCAAGCAGAAACAAUACUGAAUUGCUGAAACAGGAAGAAAAUAAUCAAGACUGUGAAGACUGUGAAGGCAUACCCUCUCAUUGUAAUAGGGAGCUCCAAAGCAUGGAUGUCGAAAAUUGUUCGCUUGUUCCAUUUCAAGAGAAAGAAAAAUGUCAGAAAGAAAAAUGUCAGUAUUUUGCCGAUAUCGUACAGACUCAAGAAACAAAAAAUUCAUCUGUGCAAAAUUAUCCAUUGGGCUAUACCAGUGCUCCCAAGGUUGUGACGACUAUGACACAUAUCACUGAAGAGGAAACCAACGGUCUUGCCACAUGUAACAAGAUUUUCAUCAACACUUCAUCAAUAGAAGACACGAAGGAUCGGUGUGCUCUGGUUACAAGUCAGUCCAAUACUAACAAUUUUGAUCACGAGAAGUUCCAAAAAUUUUUAGCUUUGAAGGGAGAGAUACUGUCACAAACUUCCCUUAAAGUUCUUACUCGGAGGAGGAAUGAGCUGGCCCUCCAGCAACGAAAGAUAGAAGAUGAGAUUGCUCUGUGCAAUAAAAAAAUUGAGACAAUAUUAACUGUAGGUGGGGAGGGUGCUUUGGAGUUAAAGAUAGAAUCCAUCAUAGAAGGCUGCAACAAUGAGCAUGGAAUGACAUCUCAAAAUCUUGAGGACCAUUGCUCUCCACCAUGUAUCAAGAGGAAAAGAUUGUCAGAGGCUGUCCUCAUUAUGCAAAGUGCAUGCCAGGAACUAGAUGGUAUAUGUCACGAAAAUAAUUGGAUCCUGCCAACUUAUCGGGUAUCAACGUUGGAUGGUGGUUUCGAAGCUAAUGUAACUGUUAGAGGAACGGACUUUGAGUGUUCAUGUGGGGGUAACCUGUGUCUAAAUCCUCGUGAAGCAAGAGAAUCGGCCGCUACUCAGAUGUUGGCCGAGUUAAGAAGUAUGGCGAAAUCAACCCAAAACUAGUUUUGGUUGUCUCUGUUGGAAUCAUAGACAUGGCAUAUUUGAGUCGUCUUUUGCGGGUGAUCACAGCCUUUACGAUGCUCUGAAAUGGAACUGCCUCUGAUCUCAGUGUGUAACUGGGACUUCUUGACAAAAUCAACCAACAUUAGUGUAAUGGAUCUGAGUUAAUUGCUUUAUCGGCACACUAAACGCUGAUUAGACUACAAGGUAAUGGAAUCGACAUCUGUUUAUCCCUUCGUCAAUUUUUAUCUUCCCGAGCAAAAA